AAUGGAAGUCGAAGUUUUGAAGAGGAGGCUGGAAGAACAGCUGAUAGAGAGGGAGGAGACAUGGCAGCGUCGGCAGCUUCAGAAUCUUAUCCAAGCGUUUCUAGACUCUCCGAUUCCAUGUGUUACACCCAAUAUUCUGCCUCUCUAAAAUGCCUGGAAGAAUUUGGAGAAGACAAGAGCAAAUGUCAAGAACAUUUUGAUGUUUACAAGGAAUGCAAGAAGAAAGAGAGGGAAGCACGUCUGGAGCGUAACAAGAAAAGAUCUUUCUUCUCAUGAAACUUCAUGGGAGUAUCGGAGAACCAAGUAACAUAAGAGAGGAUAAGGAUAUCUUCAGAUCCUCACAUCCCCGUGAAUACAGAAAAUAUGUUAAAGUUACACUGCGAACUAUAUUGUCUGUUGAUCAUGUAGCAUGAGGACCCAAAGAUCCAAAUCAUAGAUCAGUUUUGGGUUCAACCACAAAGAAGCAAAUAUAUGUGGUUGUUGUAUUCAGAUGACUUGACCGUGUAGUUGUAAUACUUAAAGACUUCGGUAUCAACUGAUAUGGUUUCAGGAUU